AACUUCAACCUUACCAUUGAACACUUCUUUCUUCAUUCAAUGUUUUUUUUUUUUUAAAAAAAAAAACCCACACUAUAAUAAUUAACAAUUUGAGUAUACAUACGAUACGCUAGCUAGCUAGCUGCUAAUGAUCGAUCGAUGGCGCCGCGAAUAGGGAAGAUAGAAAUUUGUUCAUGUUCACCCAAAAGUUCAUCAAAAUACGACGCUCCAAAUUCUCCAUCUACUUCAUUAUUCUCUUCCCCAUCACGUUUCUCAUUUUCGCCAUCUCGUCCGAGUUUUUCCGAUUCAGUACUGAAUCGGACACUCGAGAUGGCGGAACCGAUGAUAACAAAAUGGAACCCUGACACUACUACCUACGCCAAAGUCACUUCUCUUUUCUACGAAAACAGAAGCGAAGCCAAGAGUUUCAUCAAGAGUGUUUACAAUCUACAGAAGGCGAUGCUCUUUCAUUCUACAGAAAGUUCAAAAUCCGAUAAGCUUGUUCGUGCUCAAUCGCUCAUGCAAGUUGCCGUUAAGAGACUUCAGAAGGAGUUUUAUCAGAUUCUAUCGAUGAAUAGAGCUCAUUUAGAUCCCGAAUCUAUAACUACUGUGUCUUCUCGAACGAGUACUCGUUCGAGUUUAUCUGAGUAUGAAGAUGAAGAAGAUGAUGAUCGUAUAGUAGUAGUUGCUGGUGAAUCGAUUUCUGAAGUUGAGGAUGUAUCGAAUGUUGCAAUGGCGGAUUUGAGAUUGAUUGCUGAGUGCAUGAUUUCAUCUGGCUACGCGAAGGAAUGCGUGAAAAUUUACAAAGUUAUACGUAAAUCGAUCAUUGAUGAAGCUAUUUAUAGACUCGGUGUUGAGAAAUUGAGUUCUUCACAAGUUCAUAAGAUGGAUUGGGAAGUUUUCGAGAUGAAGAUUAAGGAUUGGCUACGGGCAGUGGAUGUAGCUGUUAAAACACUGUUCAACGGUGAGAGAAUUCUCUGUGAUCACGUUUUUUUAUCGAAUGAUUCGAUAAGAGAAUCGUGUUUUACUGAAAUUUCGAAAGAUGGAGCAAUGAUUCUGUUCAGUUUCCCGGAAACUGUAGCGAAGAACAGUAAGAAGUCACCGGAAAAAGUGUUCCGUCUACUCCAUAUGUACACCUCCAUCGUCGAACACUGGCCGGAUAUUGAAGCUAUAUUUUCUUGCGAUUCAGAAUCCAGUAUCCGAUCUCAAGUGUUGACAUCGCACGACAAGCUCGGCGAGUCUAUAAGGUCGGGGUUGACUGAAUUUGAAGCAAUUCUCCAGAAGGAGAACACAAAAACUCUAGUCGCCGGAGGUGGAAUUCAUCAUCUCACAAUAGACGUAAUGGAUUACGUAACUCUACUUGCUGAUUAUAGUAACGUACUCUCUGAUAUUCUAGCCGAAUCUCCUCCUCCGUCUAAAGGUUCAUUGCCUGAAUCAUACUUUGGUAUUGCUGAUUCCGAUGAGUCUCCGUCACCGGCGAUCUCACUCCGAUUUGCAUGGUUGAUUCUCAUUCUUCUCUGUAAACUAGAUGCCAAAGCGAAGCACUACAAGGACGUAGCCUUUGCGUACCUCUUCUUAGCGAACAAUCUCCGGUACAUCGUUGUAAAAGUCCGUUCAUCCAAUCUCAAAUAUUUGUUAGGUGAAAAUUGGAUAUCAAAUCAAGAGGAAAAAAUCAAAAAGUUCGCGUUAAAUUAUCAACGGCUAGGAUGGAGCCGCGUCAUUGAAUCCCUCCAGCAUGAUCCGAACGCCUCAAUGGAUACACAACAAGUGAAAGAGAUUUUCAGGAGAUUCAAUUCUUCAUUUGAGGAAGCUCAUAGGAAGCAUUCCAUGUGCGUAGUAGAUGAUAGUAAUCUUCGCGAUGAUUUAAAAGUGUCCAUCGCGGAGAAAAUACUACCAAGAUAUAAAGAGUUUUAUAACAAACAUAGAGAUACGAUAGUAAGAGAGAGAUAUUCUGCUCAUGUGGUUCGAUUUUCUCCGGAAGAUGUAGAACAUCAAUUGUCCGAUUUAUUUUUCGGACCGAUUGAAUUUGAAAGUUGUUUAUCAUUUGAAUUUUCUCCAUCGCGAUUGCGAUAAAGAAAUGUAUAUUUUAUUUGU